AUCUCCCCCUUGUAUUUGUUUCCGUUUUUCUCCUGUGCUGCGGGAAAAUUUUCUGCAAAGAACAGCAAGAUGUUUACGUCAUUUAAUCGAUAACUGCUAGUGGGUGCUCAGAUAAUCAAAAUGGACAAGCAGUAUUCUGUGCAGUUUUUUGCCACCUUUGUUGACAAUCUUCAAGAACUGUGUAAAUCUUUCCUGGACUUUAAUCAGUUGGUGGAAGUCAGUGGCUAUGUGUGUGUUGAAAUUGACAACACCAAGAAGGAACGCUAUGUGCUCAGUGAGCUUGUUCAGAGCUGUGGUAAUGUUAUCAGUGAGAGCUACUGCACCAAGGCCUUCCGUACUCCUGGGAAACCUAUGAGCCAGAAUAUUGGCCGUCAGCAGAGACUGAAUCCAAGGUCAAAGGAGAAUCUGAACGGGCGAUGUCGUCCUGGACAGCCACCAAGACAAGAGAGGAGACCACCUCCACCAGGCCCUCAGAACCCGAGGAUGCACCAAAAGGCAGUCGUGGAAUCUCAAAUGAGACCAAGAGGGAGGAACUUUGGUCUCAAAGUUUCUAAUGUGUCAUCACUGGUGUUUCAGGAAAAGGACAAUGGAGGCCUCCCGUCUCACAGUGUCGGUUCCAGGAUGCCGGGACAGAGGCGAGGUUUUGCUCAUCAGCAAGAUCGAGAAAUGGUGCCUGUCAAAUCCGAGAAGCAAGACUUCUAUCCUGAAGAAGGUGGCCAGUCUCAUUUCUAUCACCCUGAAGCCAGGCACAAGACCAGGGUCUUGCAUGAGGAAUGGGAAGGCAGUGAUACCUAUGUGUAUCGGAACGUGUCAAUUGAGAGAGUGACCAAUGUUCCUCAGAGGCCAGGUGCUGCAAGGAUCACUCAGUUUGCAGAUGAUGAGGAGCAGAGUCCAGGAUCUGAGUCAGACUCAGAGGAUGUUCCUCCCCAGCAGCAGGGUCGCCCACAAGGCAACUGGAACCGGACAUCCAAUGCAGAGGCCAUGGACCAGAUGAUGGACCAAGACCAGGAGUGGUCCGGGCACCAGCCUCAGCAAGAACAAGAAACCAGUCAGCCUCCAAUCUUAGAGGACUUUGAAAUCAAGCCUGAUCUGAGCCUCGUCAAGCAGGAGGUUGAGGAUCCUGAGUAUGAAGCUUCAGAAAUGAAGCCAGAAGAUUUCCCCAUGCCCGAGGAAGAGUUUUAUGCCAGGGAGCAGAUGGCUUUUGCUGCCAGAGGGAUGCAAUCACCAAAACAAGCUCCGGUCCGACUAGGAAUGAAGCCUCCUGCUGCAACUGUUGUGGCAAAACACAGUCCAAGACCCACUGUUCCAGUGCAGAAUGUGCAAGGUGCAACUGUGCUCUCAGGCCCGUCCACCUCUCAGAUCUCAAUGAGGUCCCCUGAUGUUGGAUUUGCCCGACCUCAGGAGGUUGCUAGUGUUCCACAGCAGGUGAUUGACAAGUCUCUGCUGAUGAUUGAUGAAGAAACAGAUGAGUUUGUUGAGGUUGACAUGGAGGAGUUUCUGGAAGAUGAGGAGCUGGCUGAGCUAAGCCAGGAGAUGAUGGAAGACUCUCAGCCUGGAGGAUCCAAAGGGGAAUCUGAUGACAAGGAAAUCAAGAAAUACAAAUCCUCCUUGAAGAACCAGCGUCAUGCUUUGAAAUUGUUUAAUGAUUACCAGAAGAAGAGGGGAGAGGGAAUGAAGCCAAUUCAGACAAUCCACCCUGAAAGACUUGAUAACCUACUCUCAGACUUCUUCUUGACCCUUAGAAAAAACAAUGGCCAAGAGUUUGGACCGUUAUAUUUGAAGAAAAUUCAUUGCCAUUUAGAUCGGUAUCUCCAAGAUGCCAAUUACCCCUUCUCAAUCACCAAAGACGACCAGUUCAAACACUCAAAUCAGAUCCUCAGGGACAAGAUUGGUGAGCUGAAGGCAAGAUCUAAGGGUGGUCCUGUGGUGCAGACUCCAAUUACCGAGGACGAUGUCACGAUCAUGUUUGAAGCAGGUGAGCUUGGUGGUUGUAAUCCAGACACCCUGCUCAACACCAUGUGGUUUGUGAACAACUAUUUCUUUAGCAUCAAACAGCCAGCUGACCACUUCAAUCUCACAUGGGGCGAUUUCCAUUUGACAAAAGAUGAAGAUGGACAUGAAUAUUUAGAAUGCCCUGCAGGCAAAUUCAAGGGGGGUAAGAUUUACGCUGACAAGGAAGAUCCCGAGAGGUGUUAUGUUAGGUUGUACAAGCUCUAUCGGGACAAGCGUCCACCCCACACUGUUGAAGACGACGCCCCGUUCUAUCUGACCCCUAAUCGCAUUACGAGAGCUGAUAGUGUGUGGUACUCCCCGGAACAUGCACCACCUUCUAGACUUAAUGGCAUCUUUAAAAAGAUAGCAGCAGUUUGUGGCUUACAGGACAAGAAAAUGCCAUGAAAGGCCUUCACUGAGUAGAGUUGCAGUGUGGCUGAAAUUUUGAGGUGGCAGGAUGGUGAGACCUGGCAGCAUGAUCAGGAUGGUGAGACCUGAUCAGGAUGGUGAAACCUCAUCGGGAUGGUGAAACCUGAUCUACUUUGGUGAAACCCGACCAGGAUAGUGAAACCUGAUCAGUUUGGUGAAACCCGACCAAGAUAGUGAAACCUGAUCAGUUUGGUGAAACCCGACCAAGAUGGUGAAACCUGAUCGGGUUGGUGAAACCCAACCAGGAUGGUGAAACCCAACCAGGAUGGUGACACCUGAUUGUGUUGCCAGGUCUCGCCGCAAAAGCUAUGCUUUUCCAUGAAAGUUUCAUGAAGUUGAGGGAGAAAUGAAAUAUCCUGGGAGGGAGUGGUGUUAGGCAUGGCUUGUGUAUAGUAGCUGUUCCUGUUUUAGCGGUAUGUGUAUAGUGCCAUCUUCAGUGGCGAUCAUUGCUAGGCAGACUGAUCAGCAUGCUGUAGAAACAGUCACUGCAAUCUUAUUACAUUCAAAUCUUAUCAUCUGAUAUGUUUCCUGUGAGAUCUGAGGUUACCUCCCUCGAGGGUGAAUCGUGACCAGACCUUCACCUCCCAGUUUAAAGGAAGGAGGAAUAAGUUCUGUAGUGAGAUGUUCUGAAUGAUGUGGCCUCAUUUCUUUACCAAUUCUAUUUGUAAAUGUUCAAUCUUUGCAAAAGCGAACCUCAAACGGUGCUCCGCGAAACAACAUGAUGCGAAAAGAUUUUUUGGGCAUAAAUAAUCAUUCUAAAAAUGUUCAGUCUCUGAAUACCAAAAUCAGAUAUCCUUAUCUGAAUGAUUUGUAAAAAAAAAAUUUGAAUUCUUGACACUGAUUGGUUAAUCUGUUUGAUUGGCAUUUUUUGAAAUUGGUGAGUAACAACAAAGGCAUGAUACUACACAGAUGACAACUUCUAAAUUAUAUAAUGUGAUGUUUCGGAUAUGUUCUUAUAGUGUGUUUAGAAUAAGAGUGUGUUUGCUUGACAACUCUAUACAAAUCGAUACAAAUAUGUCAUAUCAUGAUAUAAGAAAGAAGUUGUUGCCCAUAUAGUAUCUUGCCUUUCUUGGUUUAUUAGAAAGUUCACUGACACACCCUCCCAUGGAGAUGUUUUCAGACCUUUACAUAAAGAGGUAUGUGUUGGAGUGAAAGAUGUGUUUUUAAUGAGAUUGGAGUUAUUGUGAAUUUUCAUCCAUGUCCAAAACAUUUUUCUGUACAGCUGUCAUUUUACUUUUAGCAAAUAUCUAUGUCAAUGUCUGAUAUUUUUAUUAUACAUGUAUGUGAAUGCAUUAUAAUUUUCAUAUUGCUUUGCCCCAAUUGUAUUAGAAUUGCAUCAUAUCUGCUGUUCUUCUGUCUAAAGAAAAGACAACAUUGCCCAGAUUUCUCAUAUAAUGUUGGGCCGAAUUGGUAGGAGCACACUAGCAAUUCGGGUAAAAGUCAUGAAGGCUUUGAACAUACGCACACAAAAAAUGGCUUGCUACGAGCCUGAUAUACUGAUAAAAAGUAAAGGCGAGAAUUUAUGGAUAUCAACUUGUUUAUUUUGAGGAACACAUGAACAAAAUAAAGAAGCUGACAUCAAUAAAUUGUUGUCUUUAUCUGAUCACUUCUAAAUGUAGUUCAAGGACGUGAUCCACAAUAGUUACAGAUGAUGAACAUUUGGGGAUAGUUUUAAGAAGUUUUAUACUCAGUCUUCGCAACAGACAUAAUUUUGCCAAAAUAUUUGUGAUAAAUAUCAUUUUUGGUUCAGAAUAGGAAUAAGCACAGCCAGGAGAACCAGUGAAGGUAUCUUCAUCAUGUGUCAGGCAACAAUUUCUGGUUAUUAUGUGUAUGUGAGUAUUCAAGUUUGGCAGUAAUAAAUAAGGGUUUAAGCUAGGAUUAUAUAUUUUACAUUCCUUGGGCCUGAUCCUUAAAGGAUUUGUAGCGUUAUGAGCUAUCAUAACUGUAUAGUUUGUGAUGGGCUUACGGAUAUAGGGCUACGAAUGCUUUGAGGAUCGUGACCAAGAUCUUUAGGGUUGACAGAUUGUAAAAAGUUGGGUCCCUAUGUGUAGUGAUAUGAAUACUGGACUGUUUGCUGGUGUUGUAAACACAGUGAUGUACUGAUGUCUGAAAAAGAUUACAAUUACGUGUGCUGCAUGUUAAAAAAUCUUCCUGUAUAUACUGCGAUCCUUCAUCUAAAUGUUUCAUAACAUAUCGAGGAAUUGGUAGCCAUUAGAAAAGCUGUUACAUGUAAGGACUUGCAUCUGUGUACAGGUGGUUAUAACAUGUCGAGGAAUUGGUAGAUAUCCAGCCAAUAAGAAAAGCUGUUACAUGUAAGGACUUGCAUCUGUGUACAGGUGGUUAUAACAUGUCGAGGAAUUGGUAGAUAUCCAGCCAAUAAGAAAAGCUGUUACAUGUAAGGACUUGCAUCUGUGUACAGGUGGUUAUAACAUGUCGAGGACUUGGUAGAUAUCCAGCCAAUAAGAAAAGCUGUUACAUGUAAGGACUUGCAUCUGUGUACAGGUGGUUAUAACAUGUCGAGGACUUGGUAGAUAUCCAGCCAAUAAGAAAAGCUGUUACAUGUAAGGACUUGCAUCUGUGUACAGGUGGUUAUAACAUGUCGAGGACUUGGUAGAUAUCCAGCCAAUAAGAAAAGCUGUUACAUGUAAGGACUUGCAUCUGUGUACAGGUGGUUAAAGUGAAUCCUUUCACCAGCAAAGCCUAUGUUGAAAUCUUAUCAUCGCUCUGGAACUGCCUGGAUAGAGGGUAUCCUAGUGUUUAAGAUGGUGGCUUGUCUAGGAAUCAAAGGUUUGUGUCCAUGUACAUGUAAAAAAGGUAUCUGCACACUCAAAUAUCCAGAUAUUUAACCUCUUCCAAAACCCAAUUGACCACAAUGCCAUUAAAGUCCAUCUGUCUUUUGAACUCAAACCUAAGGAACUUGAACCAUCAUAUUCCAUUGAGUAUUACUUAAUAAAUUAAAAUUCCUUCAAGAGUAUAAUCAGGAAACUUUUCUGUGUUUUGGGGUAAUUUUGCCAAACAGUGACAAUCAUUAACACUUCAUUGUUCUAUUUUUUUCCCCCUCUCCUUCUCAGAUCACCCAGGGAGUUAUUUCAUUGGUCAAUUUGUAUUUUCAACUGGUGUCUCAAAUUCCAACUAUGUAGACCAUUCUUGAAGGUAUUAAGUUUAUACAGUAUCCUGCCAAGAUGAAGAUGCAUGUUUUUAUGGCAAUUGGGGAUUAACAUAUUCUAGAUCUUACUUUUGAGAAUGAAAAAAAAAUAUACUUUGUACAGUGUGUAUAUUUCUGCCUGGUUUUAUUGUAACUGUUUUUAUCCGAGGCUGGCGCCUUCACUUGAUUUGUGGCAAAAAGUGCUGUUUGUAGAUGGUUUUCCUAAGAACAGGAUUGUGUUUCUUUAUUUCAUCACUGUAUGAUUUGGCCGACCUGGUUGUAUUUUGAACAGCAAUCCUUGAUGUCUUCGUGAUACUGUCAUUCCUUAACAAAGGCUGUGUCCUACAGGAGAUGAUACUAGCGAGGGUCCAGGCCAGACAGCUCCAAGAAUCUUUGUCAGAUUGUCUCCACUUUUAUAGAAAUCACCAAUAUGUUCCUCUUUGCAUGAAGAACUCCUCCAUAGAGUGAGUGGUUUUACGCCUUAUUUAGCAAUAAUCCAGCAGCAUCACGGCAAGGGACACCAUUGGGCUUCACACAUUGUACCCAUGUGGGGAAUCAAACCCGGGUCUUUGGCGCAACAAGCAAACACUUUAACCACAAGGCUAUCCCAGUGCCCUCUCCUCUUUAGAAGGGUCAUGUGACUGGUUGCAUGGUUGGUUGGCCUGACAAGGGUGGUUGUGUAGUAGCCACAACAGCGACCCAAUAUGCUGUGGUUGGUUGGCCUCACAAGGAUGGUUGUGUAGUAGCCACAACAGCGACCCAAUAUGCUGUGGUUGGUUGGCCUCACAAGGGGGGUAUAUAGUUGCCACCACAACAGCCCAAUAUGCUGUGAUUGCCCUCUGUGAACCUAACAAGGAUAGUUAUGUACAGAAAGUGUGUUUUCCAAUGAAAAAGUCUAAAAUUGCAAACAGGUAAUAUAUUGUUUUACGAAAUUUGGACGGAAGGGCUGAUAUUUAUCAACCAAUCACAGAACUACCUUUAUCUUGUAGAGUUAUCUUUCUUACCUCAUGGAGAUAAGUCUGGUCUGAACAUAAGCAGAUCAUUAAAACAUGAAAGUGUAUCAGACAAAUAGCCAAUCAAAUGAUUACUCUCAAAUGAACCUGAUGUGAUUGGUUGGAAUCAAGUAUUCAUCUAGGUCUGUGAUCACUGGAUUCUGUGUGUACCAUGUGGAAUGACAGGUCAUUCAAGGAAUUAAAAACACUUUCUGUAUAUUUGUAAAAUGUACAUACAUAUGAAUAGCAGAGAGUGACUUGUGUUGUACAACACCAGCUGCCAAUGGCGUGGUCGAUGAUGACCUUGUACAUUCACUUUAACAUCUACUGAAUAUAAAACAUUAGGGAUUAUGAAUAUUUUUAGGAAUAUCUGUAUGAAACUGUGUUCUUGGUCUUCACUGCGAAACUAUGUCCAAAAUAUAUUCAUGAUACCUAACUUUACUUCAGUAUAUAAUGGUUUGGUUUUAUGGAACCAUUUCAGUUUUCUUUGUAUCACAGAAGCUACUGUGACUUCUGGCAAAAUAUUAGUUUUUUUCCUAAAUAUGUUUUACUUUAGUUUCUUUUUACUCACAAUUUUUACAAACAAGUUUAAAAUUCCUGAAUUCUUGUUUUGUCAGUCUGCAGUAACUGUGACAUUGACCUUCGUUUUCAUGAAGCUGACUAAACAAACCCAUGCUGGUAUGAUCUUACAAAACCUUUAAGUUCACUGCCUGUUUGUUCCAUAUUUCUACUGUUAAACUCUCAUGACAUUGCACUAUACUAAUAUGAACAAAUAUUUCCUGGUCCUAAGUAUUUUGAAUACUACAUGUUAAAAAAUAUUCCUGUACCCAACGUUUGGUACUUUUUUAUAUGUCUUGGUUAAAUUUAUGUUUAGGUGUAUUGUAAACUGACUUUUAAUAACUUUGACAAUAUGGGCAUGCAGAUGGUCCGACAAAAAGAAUUUGCUUUCAGAGGCUACUCACAGUUAUUUCCUUGUGACAUUGGUAGACAUUUAAUCCAAAUGCUUGUAGAAACUGCCUUGUUCAUUAAUAGCAUGCCUUGUACAUACCUCCAGUGAACAGAUGGAGAAAGAAUGUGUUAUAGAAGCUUAUAGUGUUGUAUGUUAGUUUACUGUAGGAAUUUUGUUUUCAUUCAAAUGUUUGUCCAUUCAUAAAGAUUGUGGCAUACAA